AUGCCACCCGAUGGCGAUGUACAUCUCGUGCAGUCGGCUGUGCCAAGCGAUGGGAUUCCACCUGGCUCCACUGAUACGACAACGAUUUCGACGAUUGCUGUGAAAGCUGGCAACCAUGCGACGAUUGUCGUCGCGUUGCUUCGAUCAAUGGGUUAUGUUGAACUGCGAAUCGAUGAAAUGCAUCCGGGUUUACUAGCGAUUGGAGCUGGAGUUGAAGAGACGAGAAAUCUGCUGGCAAUUCAUGACGAUGUGAUGAAUCGAUUGAGAGAAAAAGAAGAUCAAGUAGAAGUGUUGUUGUCUCGAGCGGACAAUCUCGCUCACGAGAAGGAGGAUCCAAACGAGCAAAUUGUCUACGAGGCGAUGGCAAGAUCGUUGAAUGCAGCGUGGCGCGAGUUGUUGAAGCAGCUUCAGUUGAGGGGUUAUUUACUCCAAGAUUGCUACAAAUUCUAUUCCUUAGCGAGUAAACAUCAACAAUUGAUCAGCUUCUUGUCCCAAGGUGGCAACGGCGAUGUUUUCAAUGACCUUCUGGACAUUACGGCUGAGGCGAUUGACCUCGGCGCGUCAAUCAUCGCACAGAUUCGAACACUCGGCUUGAUCAAUGAUAAUGAGCAUCGUCCAAAGGAGGUUCUCUUAGCAUGUGAAGUCAUCGAAAAGAUUAUGCUCAAGAUGGCUUUGGAUUGGGAGCGAGUCGAGGCGACAAAGGAACACUUACAGACACAGCAUAUUCAGCAACAACAAAAAGCUCAACACGAAAGUCAACUCGAGGAAAACGCUUUCACACAGAUCGAAGAUUGGGUGUCAAGAGCUGAGCGUCGCGUUGUUGCCGCAAACGAUUUCGGUCUCUCCGUAUUGCUCAACGAGGCGGCUGAACAACAACAUCGUCUUGAUUCUCUGAAUCAGAUCGAUUCAAAACGAGUGGAAACACUUCAUCAUCGGAUCUCUGAACUUGUCGAACGCAUUCACAAAAAGCUAAAUGCCGCGCAGAGGAUUCAUCAGUUUUAUGGAGCCGCCAAUUCGAUGUCUGCUCAGUUGGAAAUGAUGGAACAAGAUAUGCGAAAUGCGAACGCUGCAAUGGCUGGUGAAUUGGCUCCAUUAGCCCGUCAAAAAGCAUCAGUGGUCAUCGGUGAAGGGAGGAAUAUAUUGACCAGUGAAAAGCUCACCUACGAGGAGCAGCGAACGAUCCAAAUGAGAGUGAACGAGUUGGAGACGAAAUUAAAGAGAUUGGAGGAGUUGGCUGAGCAGAGAAUCCACGAGACACAGUUUAAGAGCAGUCAACUGGUGUCAACACUUUCUCAAUGGCUUCAACAAUCUGGCGAGCGUUUUAUGACGGAAAGCGGUGAUAUGGGAUCCACUCAGCAUGAUGGAUCGCGUUUUAUCGAUUCUCACAGAGAUUUUGCUCAAGAAAUUAUCAAUCAAGAGUCUUCUGUGCAAACAAUGUACCAACAAGCCUCUCAACUAAACGAAACCGAUCGACGAACGGUUCAAGAGUUUGAGAAACGCUACGAUACCCUGAAGCGACAAUUAGAAGAGCGCAUUCAUUUGGGGCAAACGUUUGAGCAGGUGCACAAAUUCUCUCAAGAUUUGCACUCAUCUUUCGCAGCGAUCAACUCUCUACUCGAUUCGACUCAAGGAGGAAUCAAUGAGAAUGUAGCCACUCAAAUGAACAAUGUUUUUCAUAUGAUUCAAGAGACACUUGGACAAGAAAGGCAACAGGGAGAGCGCUUUAUCUCACGCGCUCAGCAAGCCUCGACAACAGAUCGAUCGCUGAAAAUCGAUAAAGCGAUUGAAUCAGUGCGCAAUGUUUUAAUGGAACAUGAGCAAAAAUUCACUGAAAUCACUCAGAAAUGGACUACUUGGGAACAGCAGAAAACAAGCAACAAGAAAUUACAAAAUGUCAUCGAAGAGAUUCAAAUUUGGCAGGAAGAGGUGAUUGAAAUCAUUGGCCUCUUGGAGAACACACAUAUUGUUUCAACGAAAGAAAGCGAGGGAUUAAAGCGGCGAGUGAGAGAGAUUGAGGACACAAUCACACAACAAACGACAAGACUUGAAGAGGCCAAGCAGAGUACAAAGGACGAGCAACUCUUGCGUCGAAUCGACUCCGCUCAGCAACGCCAACAUUACAUCCACGAGAAGGUAGCCGCGCUGGAGAGAAAGGUGAACACAAUUCACGAGACAUUUUUGGAGGAAGAGAUUCGAGAGGUCAUCAAAGCACCUGAGAUCCUUGCUCCGCUUAAAGAAGCUGUGGUAAACGAGGGUUCACGUUUUGAGUUCGCUGCACGAAUCGAGGCCGAACCAGAGCCGGCCAUUUGCUGGUUGAAAGAUGGUGUUGAUGUGAAACAAAACGUCGACUAUCAUACAGAGUUUGUGAAUGGAGUCGCAACACUCACAAUCGAAGAAACUUUCGUUGAAGACUCGGCACUUUACACGAUUCGUGCAGCAAAUAAAGGUGGCACGGUGGAGAGUUCGGCAAGAUUGAAUGUCAUUUCUCGUUCACAAGCCGACCACUCACUCGCCGAAGGAAAACCGCAUUUCGUUCGGCAACUCCAGAAUUUGAGCGUGACUGAGGGUGAAGAAAUUCAUCUUGAAUGUGUCAUUGUUGGAAAGCCAGAACCGGAAGUGGUUUGGGUUAAAGAGGACACAAAUAUUCGAGAGGAUAAUCGAAUUCGUUUCGAUUUCCUUGGUGAUCGUUGUUCAUUGAUUAUCUCGAAUUCUCAACAAAACGAUUCCGGAUUGUACACGGUGAAAGCGAAGAAUUCUCUUGGAGAAGCAAGCAACUUCGCUCGUCUACAAGUCUCACCAAGAGCUAAGGUCGGUUUUUUUGUGGUUUUAAAGUUCAUU